GUGCUUGGAUAGAUUUACCAGGCUGUCGAACGCACAGCUUCAUCAUGGCGGCGCCCGUGAGGAGCAGCGAUGCUUCACAAGCGAGCGUUUCAGCUCAAUCCACAGCAGUGUCCGGAGCCGAAAAUGUUCAUCUACAGUACAGUGUUCUCUUGGAUCAUCUCAUCGGUGACAAGAGACAAAUUAAAGAGCUGAACCCGAGCGUUAUGGGCGGUUUACCGACUCCGCACAAAACAGACGAGCAGAAGAUGAUUGAACGCGGAAUGGAGAGCUGCGCUUUUAAAGCAACGCUGGCGUGUGUCGGAGGUUUUGUAUUAGGAGGUGCUUUUGGAGUCUUCACAGCUGGCAUUGACACCAAUGUUGGGUUCGAUCCUAAAGACCCACUGAAGACCCCCACAGUGAGAGAAGUGCUGAGAGACAUGGGUCAGAGAGGAAUGUCCUACGCCAAAAACUUUGCUAUUGUUGGUGCUAUGUUCUCAUGUACAGAGUGCAUUAUAGAAUCACAUCGCGGUAAAUCAGAUUGGAAGAACGCAGUGUACAGCGGCUGCAUUACUGGAGGUGCGAUUGGAUUCAGAGCUGGCCUGAAAGCUGGGAUUCUGGGCUGUGGCGGUUUCGCUGCUUUCUCUGCUGCUAUUGAGUAUUACCUCAGAUGAACGGCUGCUUCAGAACUUCCAGAGUUGGAUGGACUCUGAACAAGAACCUAUAUUACCAAGAGCAGGCUCUGAACAUGAGACUUUUUGGCAGGCUUUCCUUGCUUGUCAAAAGAUUUUGAAAUUGUUCUCGUGGAGAACCGACCUGCCAGUUCAGUUUCCUGACCUGGAGAAGUGUGUAAUGUGAAUUUCCGUGUGGCCUGUUGGGAUCAGUGUACACAUACCAGCUUUCCUCAUGGUUUUCACACAGUCAGAGGACUUCUCUGGUAAAAACAACAUGAAGCUGAGAGGGAUCAUGGUGAUAAAUCCUGUCAGUGAAUGCUUAUUGAUGUGUAGUAUGACUGUCUUUUUGGCCCCAUCGCUGUUUAUGUAUAUAAUCGUACAAGUAAUAAAUAAAAUAUGAAAUCUUA